AUGGCAACCGGAAACCCCCAACCACCAAAGGAAAAUGCAAACCUCCACGACGUCGAGGAGACUUUAUUGACCACUCUGUUCGCCAAGGCCCGCGACGCCGAAAGUGACAAGCCCAUCCUCGGGGACCCCUACGCGCGGCCCCUCCUGGACCGGUGCGCGGUCGACCUCAACCGGCCUGUUUUUCGCGGCAUCGACAACGGCCCAGCGAUCAGAGGGAUCGCCACACGCUCCCGCGCCAUCGACGACCUGGUGCGCGAGUUCCUAGACCAGCACGCCGGAAACCCCGUGACGGUCGUGCACCUGGGCUGCGGCAUGGACACGCGCGCGCUGCGCAUCGCGCGCGGGCCCGACGUGCGCUGGGUGGAUCUGGACCUGCCCGACGUUGCCGACCUGCGCCGCAGAGUCAUCACCAACCCGGCCCCGGCCGGCGACUACCAACUGUACGGCGGCGACGCCAGCGACCUCGCGUGGCUCGAGAAGGUGCCGGCCGGGUGCGAGACGCUCGUCGCCGCCGAAGGUAUGCUCUUGUACUGGGAGCCCAGCUCCGUGGAGCGGCUGCUGCGCGCGGUGGUGGAGCAUUUUGGCUCCGGCGAGCUCGUCUUCGACGUCACGUCCGAGGUUUACGUCAGGCUGUCGGACCACGUCGAGAUGCUGCAGGGCAACGGGGCGCGGUGGCGAUGGGGUGUCGACGACACCAAAAUCGUCGAGCGUCUACACCCGGGGCUUCGUCUUGUCGCGGAGCUGGAUAUGACCACCCCCGAGGUGCUCGAGAGGAUCCUAAGGGGCACUUUUGGUGAUAGGUUUGAGCAGGUGAGGCCGGAGCUCGAAUUAUCUUUGGAAGGGUAUAAGGCCAUCUCAAAGGUUUUGAAGCUUGAGUUUCGGAAAUAA